UCGCCGAGACUCUGCAGAUUCUUUUGUUCCAAAUCAAUCAAAAAAACGAGGAAGACGGACAGACAUGAGCGGAGCAUCUGAAUCAGGAAACCCAUCGUUUGCAAGAUAAUAUUUCGAAUAACCAAGUAAAACAGUUCGACCCGUCGCAACUUUAAGUAGUCAUUACAUACCCCGACUUAAAAUAUCCACGUUUAAGAAGAGAGAAAAAAAAAGUUUUCGACCGACCUUUUCACUACUAUGCCACGCAAGAAGGUGACUGAUAUCUCUGGGAACGGCGGACUGAAGAGGAAAAGAGCGAGUGGUAAAAAGAAAGAGAGGGAGUUCAGCAGUGAUGAUGAGUUUGAAGAAUAUGAGCAAGAAAAUACAAAGAAACCAGGGAAGCAAGCAACCAAACCGGGACUUCAGCCCGUCACUGUUUCAGACGAUGUGAAAGAAAAGAUUAAACUUGAGUUACCCAAGGCCAAAGGGCAAAUGCUCAUAUUUGGAGCCACCAACUGGGACCUGAUCGGCAGAAAAGAAGUGCCAAAGCAACAAGCUGCCUACAGGAACCUGGGGCAGAAUCUCUGGGGUCCUCAUCGCUAUGGGUGUCUGAAUGACGUGCAGGUCAGCAGUGUGGUGUCUGGGCCGUGUGCUGCUCACAGCCUGAUUAUCACCACGGAGGGCAAACUCUGGAGCUGGGGACGCAAUGACAAGGGGCAACUGGGCCAUGGAGACACAAAGCGUUUGGAUGCCCCGAAGCUGGUGGAGGGUUUGGGAGAUGAGGUGAUAGUGGCCGCUGCGUGUGGGCGGAACCACACCCUUGCUUUAACCGAAAAUGGUGCUGUCUACUCAUUUGGAGAGAACAAACUUGGACAGCUUGGUCAAGGCACUCAGACAGAUGCUGUCCUCAGUCCAGCUAUGGUUAUGUACAAUGGACAGCCACUGGUUAAAGUGGCAUGUGGUGCUGAAUUUAGCAUGGUGGUGGACUGUAAGGGUAACCUCUAUUCCUUUGGAUGUCCGGAGUAUGGCCAGCUUGGACAUAACUCUGAUGGAAAAUUCAUAGCUCGUGCUCAACGCAUUGAAUUUGACUGCGAACUUAUCCCUCGACGUGUGGCCAUUUUCAUUGAGAAGACGAAGGAUGGCCAGGUGCUGCCUGUACCUAACGUUGUGGCCCGAGAUGUUGCAUGUGGUGCCAAUCACACACUGGUGCUGGACUCGCAGAAGCGCGUUUUCUCCUGGGGUUUUGGUGGCUAUGGGCGACUGGGCCACACUGAGCAAAAGGAUGAGAUGGUCCCUCGUUUGGUCAAGCUCUUUGAUUUCCCUGGUCGUGGAGCCACGCAGAUAUACUGUGGAUACCAGUGUUCCUUUGCUGUUAGUGAAAUGGGUGGUCUGUUUUUCUGGGGUGUUACGAAUACUUCUCGUGAGUCAACCAUGUACCCAAAAGCUGUGCAGGACCUGUGUGGCUGGAAGAUUCGCAGUCUGGCCUGCGGGAAGAGCAGUAUCAUCAUUGCUGCAGAUGAGAGUACCAUAAGCUGGGGACCUUCACCUACAUUUGGAGAGCUGGGAUAUGGUGACAACAAACCCAAGUCUUCCACCACAGCUCAGGAAGUUAAAACUCUGGAUGGAGUGUAUUCAGAACAGGUGGCGAUGGGCUAUUCGCACUCGUUGGUUAUUGCCCGCCAGGACACGGAUCAGGAAAAGGAGAGACUUAAGAAGCUGCCAGAGUACAACCCACGUACACUCUGAUUGGAUACAAUCCUUUCAUCAUCCUCAUGUUCUCUAGAGGCUUCUGUUUUUGACCCAGAAUACCUCUGCUCACUAGGUCAUCUGUGUAGUCACAGUUUGGUUGGGAUGGGAUCCCUUUUUUUUUUUUUCCCCUUUCUUUUUUAGGACAUCAGAUUAAAAGCGGCAAGACUAUAAACCGAAAUCAAUUUGGACUGCAGUAUGAAAGGAGCUUGCAAUAACAGAUUUCUGUGAGCUAGUGAUCCUGGCUCAACUUCACAAUGACUUCAUGAACCAGUUUUAAUACUACAGUAUCUGCAGCUGUGAGGGAAACCUUGGAUGGUCCCCUCCAAGCACUUAAAACUCCAUUGGAUUUUUACUUCUCACUUCUACAUUCCUAAAGGAGGUUAAUCAAAGCAUUCUAGAUUAUUUCUAUUAUUAUUUUUGGGUUACUGUUCAUUUUGUUCCAUGAAGUUGGCUGGUUAGAACUGUUGCCUGUCUGCUCUCUCCAAACAACUGGUGCUAAAUCAUUUCAGUGCAGACUGUCUUUUGGCUGAUGAACUAGCUGGUAUCACUAAAAAGACCCACACUCCAUACUUGUGCCUUUUUAGGUGAUGUAAUUCAGGCUGUGGAUGCUUUGAUGUCCCAAAGAUAACUUUCCUAAUCUGGGACCAUGGCAGGGUCUCUGUUUUCAGAGUAUACGGUCACUUCAUGUACUGUUUUAUGUAUUGUGCCAUCUUUUUGUGUUCACUUGUGCUUAAGUGUUUGGCAUUCCUAUGUUUAUUAUAGUAAACUACCUGUAUUUAAGUCAUUGCAUGAAGUUGUAAAAAUUGUCUGACUACAGGAUAUUAGGGAGCAACAAGCUCUCCAUCCUGUUUUUACAGGGGAGUUUUUACAAUUUCUGUAAUACCCCAAAUAUUUUUUUUUCUUUCAUCAGAAAAUGUAUGUCAAGAACUUGGGAUGGCCAAUUUGUUCUUUUGUUCCUCAUAAUGUUAAAUAAAGGUUCAUUUAAGUUGGUAAUUGUUAA